CGCCCGUUCGUUUUGCUAUUUAAUGUUUGGUGCACCGUACCGUCGAGGUUACUCAUGUUGCUGCAGGCAAAUAGAGAGGACACGGUAGACACUUUGCCAGGGAUUGGAAGGCGCUGGACUGGACUGGAGCAUCACAAACUGUCUUAGUAUACGGGAAAUUUUUCUGGAAAAUUGGAGAAAAUGGCUGCUGCGUAUUACUGCGUGUUGGUUGCUACUCUUCUUCUUGCUGCCGUGAACGGGCAAGUUGACGACGUAACGACGGAUGCUGAGCCACAGAUGAACGUGGAAGGACUCCGCCCUCUUGUAGGGAGUAUGAUUCAGAACGUUCAACUGUGCUCGCUCUGUGAGAAGGUGAUCGGAUUCCUGAAGAACGUUACUAAUAAUAAACAAGUCUUGGAAGAGCUGGUGGAGCUUUUGUUACCCGUCUGUCAGUGGGCGCCAUACUCUCUGCACGGUGAUUGCAUCGAGAUCGUCGACAACAUACCAGAAAUGGUGAAGAACUUGACAGACAUGUACUUGGACCCCAAGAGGGACUGCGCCUAUGUCUGUCCAGAGCAAGAAAUCCUGACCUAUGAGCCUUAUGCCGCUCCCAUGGCAAAUAUCCUGAAGUUGAUGCAGGAAAAGAAGCCGGGGCACUAGGAAUCGAUUGGAAAAGAGGCUAUUGGCAACUAGAUUACGUUUAGAGAAAGCGACUAGCUAUACAGAAAACAUGUAGUUCAACUUUGAACAAAAUAUUUUUGACUACCUUUGAAACGUACGUGCGUGACUUGGGUCUAAGGUUUUUUCCAUUUCCCCUCAUUUACUUUUUUCUUAAAUUUAUGAUGUAAAAGGGUUCAGAAGUGGAACCUUUGUCACAGGAUGACUUUUCUUUAACUUGGGCUUUUAUUCUAUACUGUGGCUUCAGUUUCACAAAUCCCCCCCCCCGAUUUUGAGAACUGUUAUCUCUUCGGUGCAGUCGAUGUUUCCACCAAACGGUUUGUUCUGAGGUCGAGGUUUAAAUUAAUUUCCUUCUUUGAAGUUUUAUUCUCGAGUGCCAAAGAUAAGUCAAAACGAAGCUUGGAGAAUAAAAACUGUACAACAAAUGUUUGGGGCGCUUUGAACAAGAAGGAAGGUUACUUGAUGUCGAAUGAACUCGAACGAACAUGUAUUAUGCCAGCUAUCGAUCUAUUGAUUGUUGCUGUCUGCGCCUAGUCCCAACUUGAAACCACUUGGCAAAUUCAAAUAAUGAAGACUAAAAGCUCGCACGUUUCGGUUACUUUUUCAGCAGAUUUUUCACAAGCCAAUCGGUUCACCAAAUUGAUUAAUGACUUUUUGAUCCCUUAGAAACGCAACUUGGCAAGCUCAUUAAUUCCAUUUAAUAACAUCGUGGGUUGUUUAAUAUCCAAGGUCAUCCUUUGAGCGGGAAGAGCUGUUGUCCAAUGUGCUUAAUCGGGGGAGCUCUGGGAUAUUUCUCAUGAAAUAUUAAUUACUUUGAAACUUCAACAGUGCGGAUACAGAAUAGGCCAGUGUGUUGAAGAUUUCCAUUAAAAAUUUUCUUUGAGGUCUAAAGAGAAACGAGCCUUGUAUGUUCUGCUUUGAAGUGGAAUUUCCAGGAAAAUAAUAAAAUUGAUAUGUAGUCGCUUCAAGGCCGUGGUUGUUGCUGGAAUGAUUGCAUCUGAUUUUUUUUUUACAACAUUCAAUGCAUG